CAAUUGACAGACACUAGGUAUUACAACUCAAGCUUAAUAGAGACCUUUAAGCCGGCGCGCCUCAUACUUGUUUAACGACGCCUGAAAAUUGACCUGAGUCACUAUUGUACCCAUUAAAAUUUUCUUGAUUAACAAACGAAAAUAAUAUUGUAAAAUAUGUCUUUUUUGAAAGUCGAAACCAAUGUUCCAUUGUCUGCGGUCGACGAUGCGUUUUUAGCUGAAAGUACAGAAGCUGUGGCAAGGUCGUUGAAAAAAUCACCGUCUGAAAUUGCGGUAUUUGUAAACGCGGAUCAACCAAUGAUUGUGGCGGGUUCUGAACAACCGGCUGCCUUUGUGGUGCUUCAAAGUGUAGACGGGAUAAAUCCGAUCGACAACAAGAAUCAUUCGGCUGCGUUGUUUCCGUUGAUAAAAAAAUAUUUAAAAAUCAACGACGACAGAAUUUCUAUUGCUUUUACUGCGGUUGAACCGUUUCACGCUGGAGUCAAUGGAAAAACCUUUAUACAAUAAUAAUUGUAUGAACUCAAGCUGUGUAGAUAUGAAUUUAUCGAUCAAUGUUUAUUUCAAAAAUGUAUAAGCCAUUAAAAGAAAAAUCGUCAAUUUUAUUACAAUUUUAAAUGUAUCCUCUUGAAAUCGAUAAUUUCGACAUUAUAAAAAAAAGUUUUAACUGUUUUUAUGAAAAAAUUGCAUUUGCAAUUGAAAACUUAA